AUGGUGUCUAAUGAAUUUUGUAAGAUGAUGCUCGACUUUUUAAUCGAAGGGAAAGAUGGACAGCAAAAAGCCCGGGAUCUUCUUCUUCAAUCGGCGUUUAACGUGGAGCAGGCAUUAAGAAUGUUGAUUCAGUUCGAGUGUGCGCAACAGCGAAUUUCUCAAGAUGUGAUGUUGAAAUUUGUUGUAUCACUACCUCAAUCCGAUUGGGUUGUCUUUGCUUGCGACUUAAUGCUCCAGAAAUCGUUGGUUUGGGACAAGUGUGCGGUUGCAGUGAUACUUCGUAAAGUGAUGGCAACGUUAACAAGAAGAGCGCUCAUGUUAGCAGAGAUCUGUUGGAUUCGACAUCUGAGUUCUGGAGUUCGGGCAAUAGCUAGCAGCGCACCAGUUACUAUCACGUCAGCUAUUGACAACAAUCACCUUUAUGUAGCGGGAGAAGGAUACAUGCAUGAUAAAUGUAAUUGGUCAGUCUUUUGCUGGAAAGGACAAUGGACACCAGACAACAAGAAAGAGUUGUGGCAAUUUGUUCCCGUAUCAGUGGGUUCGUCAGAUUUUUACAUUCUCAAUGUAUAUGCAGACGCCUAUAUCUAUGCCUCGGAGUUCACAGUAAUAACCGAUGUAGGUGAUUGCACAAUGAAGCGAGUUCUUGUGUCGCGCUAUAAAAAAUGUUUGCCGGACGCCGCUGGAAUUUGGCGAUUAGUGGCGCUUGAAGGAAAUUGGUAUUCCUUUUAUAAUGCCGCUACCGAUGCAAUCCUCUGUUCUCCCACCGAAGCACCAGAUGACUGUCGCCGCGGUGUUGCCACUAGAACUUUUCGUCCUCUUGAUGAAACGAGAUCGAAGUGUCAUGAGUGGAAGAUCACCUCUGUGACUUCUUCAAAACUGGAGACGGGAUUAGUUGCGUUUUUCGCGAAAAACUAUGACAAAGCUGCAAGGACUUGUACCGAAAUUCUGACGAUGGAUCAUAUCUCCGAUGUAGAUCGCGCGAAAUUACUUUGCUAUCGAAUGGUGGCGAACCUCAUGUUGAACAAUAUAGGCUGCUUCGAGCAAGACUGGACCGAGGCAAAGGAUUUGAACAAAAGUUCACAGCUCAGAUUUGACAUUCUAUGCGAGUGUUUGUCAUCUGACGAGCGGAAGAUAGUAGAAGAGCGCGUUCCACGCAAGUUGGUUAAGGAAACAGUUGUGUGA